AUGGACAAUGACCCCUACACACUUGACCCAGACGGGGAUGUGAUACUCUUGUUUCCCAAGGUCAAUAAAGACUCUUCUCCUAGUCAGAGCGCUGAAACCAGCGACCAGGUUAUCCCUUUAGCGAGUCCGACAACAUCCCUUACGAUCGACGCAUCUGCCCCGGCACCAGACGCGCACACUGUUCAUACCGAAGGCUCCAAUAUACCCAUUUCGGUCCCAGUAACUUCUGCAAAUCAAAACCAGUCAAUUUGUGAGGUCAAUGACGCGAGUGAGGGGGGAAAUACAGAGAGUCAUCCUGUCCGCAUGCGCGUUUCUUCGAGACAUUUGGCCCUGGCUUCUCCCGUGUUCAAGCGCAUGUUCAGCGGCGACUGGAACGAGGCACACGAGAUCCGCUCUGAAGGCGCUACCGAGAUUAUCAUGGAUAUAUGGGAUCUUGAUGCGAUGCUGAUCGUCAUGAAUAUCGUUCAUGGCUACGCGCCAAAGGUCCCUCGCAAGGUUGAUCUGGACACUCUAGCCAAAAUCGCUGUGAUCAUUGAUUAUUACCAAUGUCCCGGGGUCGUGGAGGUCUUCGCAGAAAUGUGGGUCAAUCAAUUGAAAGGUGAUAUGCCGCAGACUGUUGGAAACGCUGUUAUUCAAUGGAUAUGCAUCGCAUGGGUGUUUCGCAAGCCGGCAGAGUUCCUCGCUGCUACGCGAGUCACCCUCGUCGAGAGUUGUGGAAUCAUGCAAACGUACGACCUGCCUGUUCCCAUUAAAGUGGCCACAGAAAGUAUCAAUGAGUGUCGACAGCAGGGCAUCAGGGAAGCAAUGGCCGCCAUUGACCUAGUAAUCGAUGGCUUGAGCUCUUCACAGCAUAAUGCAUGCUCUUUCGAAUGCAGUUCAAUACUUCUUGGAGCCCUAAUAAAAUUCCUGCGUCUCUUCAACCUCAUCUUCCCUGAUCCAACACCUCCUUUCGAUAACCUGAGCAUCGCAUCCCUAGCCAGAAGUCUGAGCCUUGUUCGGUUUCCAAUCUGCGAACCCCAGUGGCCAGCCCUAAUGGACAGCCACUUUGAGCAGCACAGAUGCAAACUCGAAUUACUCCUCGAUCCUAUUCGCAGGGACCUGGAAAGCAAGAUGAAUGGAUUGAGUCCCAAUCCUCGCUCAUCUCAGGCUCAGACGCUGAUCAUCAAAUACCAACACCCUAUUAGCCCGGCUUACGCUCACAGUAUGACGAGUAUGACGAAAGACUAUUACGAGCUCGAUCCUGACGGAGAUGCGAUCUUCGCUUUUACCACGACUGGUCCAGACACUGCGAAUAAAUUUUCCGAUCCCAAGGCUGUCCCGCAAGAGUCCACUACACCAGCUCAGGUCCUGAUGUCUCAGUGGGAAAGUUCUCGACUUCGGUUGCUGGGUGGUAGAAUGAAGGUCUCGUCGAAACACCUUUCUCUGGCCUCUCCGGUGUUCAAGAAGAUGUUGCAUGGGCCGUGGCAAGAAGCUCAGGGCCUUCGUGUCGGAGAAGUGGGAAUAGAGAUGGACAGGCAGAACAUAGACGCCAUGCUGAUGUUGAUGAAGGUUAUUCAUGGGCAUUGGCCUGAUAUUCCUCGCACAGUGAGCCUUGAAACGCUAGCGGAAAUCACCACUCUCGUGGACUAUUACAACUGCCAGAAGGCUAUCCACCACGCAUUACAGCUGUGGAUUCGGCCUUUACUGGCUGGAAUUGCAAAAGCAUCCUCUGACGACAUUGAGCAAGGGGCCAAUCCCCACGAUCGGUUUGCCCAUCCCCCGGCGGAUUAUAGACGAAUGUUCAGUGGCCCAUGGAAGGAAUCUCAAAGCCUUGCCGCUGGGGACAGGGCUGAGAUUGAGGCAGAAUGCUGGGACGCUAAUGCAAUGCUCAUCCUGAUGAAUAUCAUUCAUGGGCGUGGCCGCAAUGUUCCUCGACAAGUUACUCUUAGAACACUUUCCGAGAUCGCGGCGCUGGUAGAUUAUUAUGAGUGUCAUGAAGUGGUGGACGUGAUGUCUGGUAUAUGGAUUGACAAAUUGCUCAAAAGCAUGCCGUCUACAUAUUGCAAGGGUAUCAUCUCCUGGAUCUUCAUUUCUUGGGUCUUUCAACGACCUUCGUCAUUCACCUCGGCAACAGAAAUUGCAGCAACCCAGAGCCAACAGCGGAUCGACCCGGGCGACCUACCUAUUCCCCAGCGAAUUUUGGAUAAGAUUGAGGAGCAUCGUCGGGGUGGCGUCAAGUCUGCACUUGACAUGUCCUACGAAUUGAUCACCGAUCUACGCGAUGGUCGCAAGCAUUGCUCAGACGUCUGUGACGCUCUCCGUCUGGGUCUUUUGAUCAAACAGCUUCAUGCUGGUGGUCAGCUUCCGCCUCUCCCAGCGGUCUCUGUUCCCAAUGUCAGCCUUGAGCAGCUUACAAGUAUACUGUACAAAACCUCAACUGUGCGUUACUGUGAUAGUUCUGGUGUAGAAAAAUUCCAGCCUGAUCGGUACAGCUCUCGCACGGAGGAACGUCAUUCACUUUCGCUGCAUGGAUGCAGUCUUGAUACCCUCAUUCAGCCAAUUCUUCAGGACGUUUGGAACCGUCUGAGGGGCUUUGAACUCUGGGAAUUCAAGGAUGAAUCGAGAGCUUCGGGCGGAAACGACUCCACGGCCCCUUUUGUCUGUUGUCUUACAACAUCUUCGCUGGCGUCUACAUGGCCCUCUACCAUCGAUGGAAAGCCACUACCAGACAAGUGGUUCCAAAUCAGCCUCAACGAAACCAGUCUCGACACUCGUGAUAUCGCUGAACUUGCCGAACGUACGCCAAUCACCGUAUGUGAGCGGACAGUUAUAGCUGUAGGCGCCUGCGUUGGCAUUGCCUCAUACGUUGUCAACUUCGCGAGAAACAUCGCCACAACCAUCAAGGAUCUGUCGAACGGGGGAAAUUGCAACACUAUGUACGGCACUUUUGAGGGCCUGAAGUGGACGUACCACUCUACUGGCCGCAACUGUGAUACCACUGCUCAGCAUGACACCAUUGCCGGUGCUAUCAAGAAAUACCUGAGCAAUGUUGAGCAUAACAAUGUCUGCGGUACUCAGUGCCUUCGUAUGGACCAUGGUAGAACCUGGGAUGGAUGGUUGAAGCUGGGCCCUGUCAGUAGCUUCAACGAGAAUGCCUACUGUGGUCCCUCCUUAUCCUUUGACAGCUGUCUCUCCGGGGGUAACAACGAUAUCUAA